AUGUUCAUUUUGAAAGUGACCUACACGCCCGGGAAGAAGGGAGGAAGUUAUGGAUUACCCGUCGGUGCUAAACUAGUUGUACCGGAAGGUCUAUUUGGAAAGAAGGACUCUAUAACAUGUCAAGUGGCGCCACCUGCGCAAAGAUGGCGUCACUGUCCCGUUCUUACAUCGUACGAACAUGUGACCAGUGAAAUGUUUGUGCUGACAUCAACUGUUCAAACUUUGAAGAAAAAUAUAAUUGUGCAAAUACCGUUUUACCAGAUAGACCCAGAACAUAACGAGUUAAAUGUGAAAGGCAAAUGGAAAGACGAAAGGGAAUGGGUUAACGUGGGAUUUCUAAAGAAGGAGGAUAGCUCCACCCCGUGUGUAGAACUGGAGAUAGACCGGCUUGGCAUUUUUGUGGUGACCUUCACCCCAAAGAAGGAGUUGUUUGACGUAACACCCCAGGGCUGUCUGUAUAACGCACACAUAAGUAGGUACAUCAGCAUCCGCUUCCCCAAGAAGGCAGCCGACAAGUCGUUCCAGUGCGCAAUCCAGAUCACACCCAUCUCUUCAGACAAGCUAGAGCUGGCUAAAGACUUCUAUCCUACCGAGCUCUGCGAUCUCGUUCUGGCCACAGAGUUUAUCGAUUUAAUUCCCAGCAUUCCUUGCAACUUUCGGCGAGCAGCGACAGUAAAGCUCCCUCUACCGGGCGGUGUAGAGCUUGAAGACGAAAGUUCAACCACCAUCGGAGUUUUCCAGAAAAUGGAGAAUGGUUGGGAACUGGUGGAAAGUAAAUACAAGUACACACGGACCACGGUCACGUUUGACGUCAAAUCACUGUCUAGAUUUUGUGUGGUCCAGACCAAGCCUGAUCGAGCCAAAAGGGUGCUGGCGGCGGUGCCUAUCGUCGAGGGAAGAAGUGACAAAGAAAAGGGGGAAGUAAUCGCUUUUCUGAACAUCCAAGAGAAGUUAUGGUUCGUGGUGUUGGAAUGCUUCCCACAAAGUAAAUCGGAGACCCGGAUUAAGGAGAUGAAAGAGCGGGGAUUUAAACAUAUUGGGAAGCAGAUUCUACGUAAAGAGGAAAUAGUGGAAAACAAACCAUUCCGGCGAUCACAGCCAAAACCAAAUAAAGUGAAGGAGAUACAAGGCUUUGAGCUGUUUGAUGGUAUGAAAUGGACGUUGGAAGUUGUAGAAGAUAUUAAGGUCAGUUUCGACAGUGAUUACACGGAGAACAGAGACUUUCAGUACUUCCGGCACCUGCCGGAUAGUUGUCGGAAAUUUAUAAUCGAGCCGAAAAAUAAUGACGAAAAAGCAAUAAGCGGUGCAAUAAACCUCCUCCCUGUAAAUAUGGAGAGUGAUGCCAAAAUGAAGGAAGCUUCGACCUUCACCCUGAAGAUUGACAUAGACGAGGACACUGUUAAGGCGUAUUUCCGUCCAGAGUUUGUACCGGAGGAACCGGAACCGGUCAAAGAAAAGCCAAACAUGGAUCUGCUCAUGAUGAACACUGUGAAGGAGGAGAAGCCAAUUAUACCCACAAUUCCAAAGUUCAAACCACUUCCGGCAUCAGUCAUGGAGCGUCUAAUGAAGACAAGCAGAAAACCUAUCAUAGGGCGUGCCAUAAGAGUGGAAAAAGAAUCAAAGACGAUUUCCGGUAAAAGUUUACGAACUUUAUCGAAGUUAGUCCCGGAAGGACUGACGUUAGCUGUGCAUCUGGAUCUUCCUGACAGCACUAUCACCGGUCUUGGUUUUGACGCAAUAUCCAACGGUCUAAGCAUGGCGGAUGUGACGUAUAAGAUCCUUCUCUACUGGAAGCGUCAAAUGAAAGACAAGAAAGAUGGCGCCGUAGAUCGCCUCGCAACCGCCCUCCGCGACAUGGGACGUGGUGACGUAGCAACUGUCGUCAACCAGUGUCAUAAGGACAGCAAGGAAUUGACCUUGGAUUCGUUUGAAGUGAUGAAUCAGUCUUAGAUUGGUACUAUACAUUAACAUUAAAUCAGCAAUAGUUUCGUAUAUAUGCGUCAAUUAUGAAGAAUAUAUACAUGUAGCUGUUUCGUUUAAAUGUUUACAUAUCAUCAAAUAAUCAGGUCUGGAUUAUCAUCAGUAUUUAUCAUAAUACAGAAGUUAGCAUUCCUUCAGGCAGAUGCUACUUGAUUUAAUUACAUCAAUUGGAAUACUAGUAUAUGAUAGCUUUGAUUUGCGCAAUAUAAAUAAUGUAGAACAUAAACAAACAGCGACUACAGGGUAUAACAUACACAUCAAACAGCGACUACACCGUGUAACAUGCACAUCAAACAGUGACUACAGCGUGUAACAUACACAUCAAACAGCGACUACAGCGUGUAACAUACACAUCAAACUGCGACUACAGCGUGUAACAUGCACAUCAAACAGCGACUACAGCGUGUAACAUACACAUCAAACAGCGACUACAGCGUGUAACAUACACAUCAAACAGCGACUACAGCGUGUAACAUACACA